CCAAUAGGAGGGAGUUUCACAUCCCCGUCGUUGUAAACAGAAGAAGAUGACAAGACAAGACGUUUUCUAGCAAGUUCUUCACUAAGUUACUCUACUUUUUAACCACUAAGGUGUUAUUUGAGCCACAACGAACACGUCUGCUACUUUCAAAGGGCUGAAUUUAGAGAUUUGAUUUGUGUUCGACGUUAUUUUUACUCGAAAACAAGGUUAUUUUCGAUGUCCCUAGGCGACUAGAGAUGUAUACUUCGAGUUUCAGCGGUUUUAGUGGACAUUUCCGAACAAAACCCACCGUAGCUUUGGGCGGAGCGAGCAGGAAGGAACCCAGAGAUGUACUCCUCAAGAGAGCACAGGAGGAGAGAGAAAAGAGAGAGGAGCAGAGAAGACGCCAGAAUGCCAGCAUCACUAUCCAGUCCUACACACGGGGCAUGUGGGUCAGGCAUGAACAGAAAGACCAUCAGAGACUGCUGUACGAUGCCUGCAUGACUGACAUGGAGAGUGGACAGGUCACUCCUGACCCCAGUAACCUGUCCUGGCUGACCAGGAGGCUGCUGUUCUUCUACUCACAACAACUGGACACAGACAGACUGGUGAAACUAUGCCAGCUCCUCCUGAAGAAGAAGAAUGUAGGAAGCCUGGUGUGUACCAUAGGGAAAGAGACAUGGACUCACCAGAUCAAACGGGUCUUACUGCUGUGCUCAAGGUAUCUGGAGAUGAUAUCCCAGUCCCACAGUCCCAUCGCUGUCCCCCUUCGGACGUUAGAGACAUUCACAGACACUGCGGUGUACCAGGAGAGCUCACUACUCACACAACAACAGUCAGAGAUGGUGGUGUUAGAAACCAUGGAGUACCUGUGUAGUCAUGGUUACUUCAGACACAUCGGAACCCUGGUGAACAACAGAAUACCUGACAGUAUUGAACACUCCACCAACCCUCCCACCCCUCUUGCUGCUACGUUACUGGAGUUUGUAGUAAAGCCACUAACUUUGAUCAGCUCACAGCAAGCCAAAGACACAUACAGAGAUACUGUUCUGUGGGCUUUGUGUAAGGAUCUCCUAACUCAACCAAUCACAGAGCAGGUUAGAAACUUCAUCCUGCCUGCCAUGGCUGCUGGGAAACGAGGCUUCCCAUUUGAGAACCUGUUGCAGGCAUUGGCUCCUGUCAGUCAUGAUGUUUCAGCCAAUGUGGGCGAGUCCUCACCUGUCAGUCAUUCUAGGGUGGAGCCAUCUCCUUGGUUGCUGUAUUCCCUGUUAGAAUUAGGAGACUGUCAAGUAGAGAGGUUGAGCCAGUCGUCCCUGACGUCCUACCUGCAUGUGUUAGAGACUCUCCUGCCCACCUUACCCAGUGUGGGGAGGGCUGCACGGCACCAGGCAGACGACUCAGACUCUGAAGACGAAGGCAUGGACACCUUAGACCCCAUGUUCUUAAAGUCUGGCAGCCUGAACUCCCCCCAGGCCCUGAGGGAACAGUGUAUCGCCAUGCUGGGCUCCUGGAACCAUAUCAACUGUUUCCUGCGCUGCAUCUUCAACGGGCUGUCCCAGGCCACACUACUGGCCCUGUGUUCUAUCCUACAUACUCUCAUGGCCAGGCAUAACCUACAGGUCCACAAGUUCAGACUACUGUAUACACUAGCCUUCAAUGGAGCAUUUCUGAGGCAACUAUAUGCUGCAGUGUUGGGUGCAACCAAGACAACAGCCACAGGCUCGAAGGUGCAGCUGCUGCAGCUGUUGGCAGGUGGCAUCCCCAUGGCACCUGAGGACGCCCAGCGAGUGGUGCCCCCGCUGUCCCUGUUCUGUUCCCUCUUCAGUCAUUCCCUCAUGUCGCUCCAUGACAUCGACUUCUAUGCAGAGACACCAGACCGUUCCCACGCCAUGCCGUUUCGCCUGGCGGACCUGGUGUCCAUGAGUGCGGUCCUGCGUGACGUGUGUGUGGGCAUCAUAGAACUGGCCAUACCUGACACUAAACCUACUGUAGGGGAGGACUAUAGGAAAGCUAUGAACAGUGUCGGUGCCAAGGUGUCGGACGGAGCUGACCUUGACUUCCAGAGACAGACAGAAGACUGGGCACACCUUUUUAAGGUGAUCACCCAUGUGGUUGCCCAGCUGAAGGCCCGUGACACCAGACAGAGGUUCUGUCCACAUGGGCACUGGUUAUCCAGCAGGGUCAACAUACAGGCUACCAGGUUGUUCCAGCAGCUGAUCCUGAAGGAUAAAGACGAGCACCAGGCAGACUCCAUGUUCUUCCUGGAGCGAGGAAACUCCCGGCUCAUCGACGUCAUGAUUAGGAGAAACUACAUCUAUGAGGACGCCUACGAGAAACUGUCGCCAGAGAACGAACCAAACCUGAAGAAGAGAAUGAGGGUGAACCUAGUCAACUUCCAGGGUCUUGAGGAGGCAGGGAUAGACGGAGGGGGGAUCUUUAGGGAGUUCCUACAUGAACUACUGAAGGCAGGGUUCGACCCAAACCGCGGGUUCUUCCGUACGACAAACGAUGGGCAGGUCUACCCAAACCCUGCAUCAGAACUCCUGGUGGAACACUACGCUAGACAUUAUUACUUCUUAGGCAGGAUGUUAGGAAAGGCCUUGUAUGAGAACAUGUUAGUAGAGAUCCCCUUCGCCAGUUUCUUCCUGUCCAAGAUUCUCAGUAAACACAACCAUGUGGACAUCGACCAGCUCCAGUCACUGGAUCCUGAAGUAUACAGAAAUUUGCUAUUCCUGAAGAAUUAUGAUGGAGAUGUGUCUGAUUUGGCCUUGAACUUCACCAUUGUCAACAAUGACCUUGGAGAGGCACAGGUUGUAGAGUUGAAACCUGGAGGCCAGAACAUCCCUGUGACAUCAGAGAACAGGAUUCAGUACAUCCAUCUGGUGGCAGACUAUAGACUCAACAAACAGAUCCGUGCCCACUGUAUGUCCUUCAGACAGGGUCUGGCUGAUGUGGUCAACCUGGAGUGGCUCAGGAUGUUUGAUGACCAAGAAUUGCAGGUGGUGAUUUCUGGAUCCCAACAGCCUGUAGAUGUUACUGAUCUAAGGAAGCACACAAACUAUUCAGGUGGUUACACAGACGAGCAUCCCGUGAUCGAGACAUUCUGGAAGGUUGUACGAGAGUUCACCAACGGACAGCGCAGACACCUGCUCAAGUUUGUCACCAGCUGUUCACGUCCUCCUCUCCUGGGCUUCAAGGAGUUGUACCCAGCCUUCUGUAUCCACCAUGGUGGGCCUGAGGAGGACCGACUCCCCACCGCCAGCACCUGUAUGAACCUGCUCAAACUGCCCGAGUUUCAGGAUGAGGAAACCAUGAGGAGCAAGCUACUGUACGCCGUGGAGUCCAACGCUGGCUUCGAACUCAGCUAGACGUUUUGGGGAACCACUCGUUUUACGGAACCAGCAAAUAUGGGAAGUGUAUCGGUGGUGUAUAGGCUUGGGGCUGGUGGGAGGAUAUUGUUUCUCAGAAUAGAGGGGAAGACUGGUACUUUUUGAAAGCUUUUUGAUUGGAAGAGUGCUGUUGGCAAUGAAAUUUUUUUAUUGUAGGAAAAUGAUUUCUCAACAUCCGUUCCCUCAGUGAAACAAUGGACUGACUCCAUUAUAACACAGUGGUGGAGUAGACAAAAUGCACACUGAUGUAGAAAGAAAGAUAGAGUUUUCUCUGUCUCACAUUUAUAGUGAAUAUGACAACAGCAAUUCAGUACCGGUGAGCAAUCUGUAACUUUAAGAGAAACUGCACAGUGUUACUAGUAUUCUUCACAUGCAAAGUUGUAGAAUCGGGAACACAACUGAAGAGCAUACAUUUGGUUACCAUUGAUAAAGAUUUGACUGUCGUAACUGACAAAAUGAAUUGUGAUCAGGUGUAUGUAUUGGUGAAGAGUUUUAUGGUGGUACUGUCUGAUAAUUUACAUGUGUAGCCAAAAGACAGGUUUGGACCUUUAAUAAUGAAUUUUGAAAUUUGCGUCCUCUAAACACAUUUGUAAUCACAGUAAAGGUGAUACUAUAUGUGGUACCUUCUAAGCAGUUGAUAUACAAAAUUUCAUGAACUUAUAUUCGCGUGUAUACACGAGACUUCAUUUGAAGAAGUUGAUAAUUUGUUCAUCAUGGAUUCAGAGAAGAUUGAAUAUAUUCUGAUGUUUAUUGAAGAAACAAGGCAUUGACUUCUAACUAUUAUACUGUGAAACAAUUUUCAAGAUAGCUCUCUAUGUACUAUAUGCCAUUAGGCAUGCUGUUGUUUACAUAGCUGACUAACGCUCAAUGCAUCUUACUAGGCCAAAGACAAAGUUUUGCCAGACACAAACUGACUUUUAGUCACAACUGUAGCCUGGACAACUACUAAAACCAAAGAUAGCACUUCACAACGCACAGGUCUCAACUGUCUGUAACAAACACUUGGGAAGUGUAUAAGAAACGAGUUCAGUCUUCUGUGGAUCGCAAGAACUGCUUACAUCUCAAGGGAUGAACACAAUUCCGCCGAUAAUUGUACGUGUUUGAAUACACUACAGAUUAUACGUUUGAUGCAUUUGAAUGUGCGCACAUAAAUGCAAGGUACCUUCGAUGAAUAUAUCACGUUGGACUGUAAUGUGAUGCUAACAGCUUUAUGUGACACAGAAGAUUGAGCUCGUUUAUUGCAUUCUUCCCUUGUAGCUAUUGCUUCUAAUGUAUACUGACUCUAUCUGUUCUUGUUGUGGACUCAUCCAUGUACCAACUUUGUGUUGAUUAUUGAAGAAGUCAUCAGACAAAGGGUCUAACAGACUGGCUAUCUGGCAUGUUAUAACAUGGGACAUUUUAGCAAGGGUCUUUUGUGUACAUGUAACUAAAUUUUGAGUCUUGGAUGUGUAUUUCUAAGUCAUGUGAUCCCUUUCAGAUAUAUAUGUUCUCUGUCUCAUUGAAGCUCCAAGCCUCACAUACUAAAUGUACACACCAAUAAUUCAAAUUGCUUAAUUUGUUUCCUAAGUUAACACUUUGCAACACAUCUCAGUAAUUGCCACUGACAUGUGUUCUAGUUCUGUGUAUUUUGGGGCCAUUUUGUUUCUUCUAAGCUAGAAUGCCAUGGAAAUUUUGAAAGGGUUAAAAGAUAAUGAUGAAAUGUUGGCUGUCAUUUAUAGCAGCCAUAUGUAUAUCAUUUUUGGCUACAUUAAACAGAAAUGAUAGAUUUUAAGUCCCUAUCAGGCUAUCCAUUUGAUAUGAAAUACGGCAUGUGUAUUCAGUACUAUGGAAUAUGAAGAGUUUUGUGCGAAAUUCUGUCUUAUGUGUACAUUUUGUCAUCAUCUUUGUACUACUUAUAACUGUGCUUUCUAAAAUCACAUUGUUACGCAGGGUUAAGGUGUUGCAUCUAUGAUGAUAUUGGGCUGGUCUCCGCUUUUGUGCAAUCUUACUUCUUUGCCCCUGGUUAGAUCUACAUACUCUUGCAGUCUGUAUUCUUUAGAAGUAUUAAAGAUUCAAAGUGAAGGUUGUUUUGCAUCUUGUAACUUAUGCAUUGCAGAGAGAUUUAUACAUUGAUUUAUUAUGUAUCAAAAGUAUCUGUUUUUUUAUGAACAUUGUUUAAUGUACAUGUUGUUUCAUGUAUCAACAUCACAUUGGAGCCAACAUUAAUCAAUAUAUAGGAACAUGCGCAGUGCAAAUAAAGUGUGGAAACAGUG